CUCUGGAGAGAAGCAGAUCUUCCGCACCAGCCAUCAUGUAAUGUAGUUCAUCAUCCUGGAGACAGAAACAAGAUGCUGCUGACGGGAUUUAUGGCGUUUCGGUAACGGAUCCAACAUGUUGCCUCCACAAACGGUUUGAUCCCGUGUAUUUAACGGCCGGUGAUGACGGACACACGUUUAUUAUCCAGCAUUUAAAGGAGAAAAACACGAAUAUUUCUGAAUCGUGCCACCAGUUGUUUUUUUUUUAUUUACCAACAUGUCCUCUCGGGAUGGGUGAAGCAUCUUGUUCGCUUACUGGGACUGAACUGGUUUGAUUGGGAUCUUUGCUGCCUGCUGGUGAGGCUUCCAGUUUCCAGUCAAACACCGACUCAUCAGGCGGAGGACUGACCGACGGAGGGAUGAUGGACGCGGCGCCGAGUUAAUCUGUGUCCUCGGUGAAGAGAAAGGAGACGGGUUAAAGUCCUGCUCUGUGGACUGUGGACCCAAAGAUCCACUGAGCAUCUGAUGGAGGACUGUUCACACUGUCGGCCCGAACAUUAGUGUGGAUCUCUGCUCUCCUGCUGUGGACUCUGAGGCGUUUCUGAUCACAGACCGUAGAACUGCUGCAGCCAUGACUCCUCCAGCCUCCACUCGACCCUCAUCAUGGACUCUCUCUGUGCUGCUGCUGCUGCUAAUGGUGGCCACAUCAUUUCCUGUGUCAGCUGUGGAGCCGGAGACGUGUUUCUCCAGACAGCACCAGAACGCCAUUGUGAACGUCAGGCAGGCGUUAAACAGGUCGACGACAGCCAUGGACGCCCGGGUGGUCCGGUCAGAGAGGGACUGUGUCCUCGCCUGCUGCUCAGAGGAAGUCAGACCAGGUGCCAAAUGCAACAUGGCUGUGUUCAAGGGCAACAAACACGCCGGUGACGAUAACUGCUUCCUGUUCCACUGUCAGACGGAGCAGGACUGUCCGUUAAUGAAGGCACCGGAAGGCAUCAACACCUACGACAUAUACAAAGGCUUGAUUCAUCCAACCACUGUGAGGCCUGUGACCAUGACAACCACCACCACAGAACAAACCACCACCACCUCCACCACCACCACCACCACCACGCCGGCCCCAACUACACCAACAACCACGCAACCCACCACCACUACAACCACCACACCGAGUACAACAUCACCACCAGCAACGACUACAACCUCUGCGCCAUCCACAACUUCAACCACCAUCGCCACCACAACACCUCCGCCCAUCAUCAUCAUUGCCACUAUGGCUCCGGUAACUCCAGCACCCACCACCACCACCACAACAACAGCUUCUACUACAACCACCACCACCCCCGCCGCCAUAGUGAAGAAGCCAAACAAGAGCAGCAAGAAGCAAAAUAAAUCAACCAAGAAAGUAAAACCUCAUCCUGUCAGCACCACCACAUCCGCUCCACCGACACAGAGCUCCACCACAUCGCUUCCUGUUGUAACCACCAGCAAAGAGGCUGCACCAAGAACUACUGAAAGACCACAGCCCAAUACUGAAACUACUUCAACUACUACUACAACCACAACAACCACUACAACUACUACUACAACUCCCACUACUACUACCACCACUACAACUCCUCCUCCACCUACUACAACCACCACUCCUACUACUACUACUACUACUACUACUACUACUACCACUACUACCUUACCCACCACUACUACUACUACUACUCCUCUUCCUACCACCACCACUACAACCACCACCACAACCACCGAUCCACCCACCAUGAGGACGACUCCAGCACAGAGUCUCGUCAUCAUCCCCAAAGGCGCCGUCCAGUCCGACCACGCCCUCCAGAACUCAAGCGUUGGCCGAGGAAAAACGGCGGUGGCAGCACGGGGGGCAUUGAAAAGCGGCGUGGUGGCGUUCAUGGUGCUGGGGCUCGCCAUACUCACACUGGCCCUGGCCGUUGGCGGCCGCAAGGCAAUGGAGUCCUUCGACAGACGACAUUACACGAGACUGGAGCUGAAUGACCUGCACUACGAGGUGUGAGGGAGGACACAGCGCCUCACAGGUGUUUGGUUUUUACAAUGGAAGCUCAGAAGGACAAAAAGCAAGACUUUAAAUGAGUUCAUUUAAGAUUGUUAACGUUCAUCUGAUAGUAAUUUUAAAACAGCACAAAGUUACACAAUAACAGAAUGUCUGCGUCACUUAAGAGGCGUCACACCAUAUGGAGAAUACUCAAUCCUGAUUGGCCAGAGCGGGUGCAUUAUUUUGAAUUAACCACACAGCUCCGACACAGUUUAUUUACAUUAACACAGUUAUGUUUAUUACCCUGAAAUAUGAGAGAAGAGGACUUUGAUCUUUGGCAGGUGGCUGUGAUAUAAGAAGCAUAAUGAACUCAGACCUGUGCAGUUAUUGAAAUUAAUGCACUCUGAAGACAAACCCGUAGAAUCUGCAUCUCACAUUAUUUCUUAAUAGGAGUAGGCGAUAUCGAUAAAAUCCUCCACCACAGAAGUUUCACGUCUUUAUUUUAAAAUGAGCUACUUUAACAAAACACUGGAUUACCUGAAAAAUGCAUCGUUUCAAAGCUGAAAACUGUUUUUUUUAACAGUUUUGGAGGUUCGUGAUUUUUCAUGGACAGAGCCGAAAUAUAAUUUUCAUGGUGAUAUAUAUAAAUAUCAUGAAACUGUAAAUUUAAACACACCAGACGGAGAUACUGUGUCUGUGUUUGGUUGCCAAAAAGAAUGCAACGCAUGACAAAUCAAGACAGCCCACUCGCUGGAAGAAACUGUUGGCGUUAUGCGAUUCUGCAAACCACGAAUACGUUACAUUUGCAUGUUUCAUACGUAUCAUAUCAACAUUUCUACAGUGACGUAAUGUAUGAGCUGACUUUAUCACUGGUUCAACUUAAAGAAAUUAAGGUCACACUUCACGUUCGUCUUUUUGAGUAGUUCCCAAUCAGGCAUCCUUGAGUUAGUCCAAUACAUCUUUAUUAAUCUCACAAACUCAAUUAGUUUCGUACAACCAACAAGAAGCUUAAUUAAGUUAACCCAACUUAAUUUCUAUCCAAAAUUUGCGGUCAUAGGUAUUCUUACUUAUUUUAAUUCCAUCCUACUCAAAAAAUGUCUUGAUUUUGACCAACUUCUUAAAAUAAGUUGUAAUGUAACGUAUCCGUGGUUUGCAGAAACGAACAAUGCCAACACUUUUUCUGCCGAUUGUGUUGUCUAGAAACAUCACAAUGAUGCAAAAAUUAUAUGAAAAUAAUCAUAAAUCUUUCCUGAUUAUUUAUUCUCAACAUUUUGACUUUUGUCUCAGAAUGAAGUCAUUUUAUCAUAUUUGUCCUCACAAAUCUGACAUUUUCUCAAACCUUUAAAUGCUGUGGCGGCGUGUUGCUGCCACCAUCACAACAAAAAUAUUUGCUCAGUUUCCUGUUGUAACAUGAAAAGUUUUUAUGUCCCCUGUACACAAGCUUCACUACAAGAUAUUUUUCAUUUUAUUCUGAAUUAUUUUCUCACCACUGGACACCAAAUUAUUCGUUUUAACAAACUUUUUUAUUAAAAAACAAAUCACUUUAUCUUAUCAAGUUACAAAAUCUUCUUGUUAUAUAUAAAUAUAUAUUAUAAGAGCCAUUUGAAAUCAUUAAUCCCAUUUUUCAAUGACCGUAUCGUAUGAUAAUGCUGCUGAAACAUGUGGCACUUUUCACUUUAUCCUACAAAACAUGACAAAAACUCACUAAAUAAAAAUUAACAAAGAACAUUUAUUGACAACAAUAUUUUAGGAGCGUAAUUCAUUAGAGAUUUUGAGUGAUUACUUCAAUGGCAUUUUCCUUUGAUGAACACAAAAGCAUAAAAUAAUAAUUUUUGUAAUAAGUUUAACCAACUAAUAUUACUGGUGCCGGUUAGCAAGGGUGCAGCGUUUAUUGAACUAGUCAGCUAACAGCUCAUAUCUCUUGCUGUUACACAAAAUCAGUUUUUGUAUUGUUAUUGCAUAAAUGUUAACACAGGAAACUUUCAUAUGUUGUUAAAUGUGAAAAGUUUCUUGUUUUGAUCAGAUAAAAAGAUUUUGUGUAAUAACAGGUGGGUUUCUACUCAUAUCCUCCUGAGACCCGAACUUUUGUUUGGUAUGCAUUUAUAAUUUCUCCCAGCUAUUUGGGAUCAAUAGGACCCAAAAAGUAUAAAAAACGAAACAUUUUUAACGAUAAUCAAGUUCCAAUCUACUCAAAUGAGACAAGAAUAAAGUCCUAUUGUCUUCAAACGAGUACUUCCUAAUUAACAGUAGCUUGUUAGUGUUGCUAAAAUUGGUCAAAUUUGAAUGAAGUAUGAGGUCAUGUAAAUCCAAAAUAUGAUGUCCUCGUAUGAGGACACAGGGUCUCAGGAGGAUGUAACAAGAAUAAAUUAUACGUUAUAGUAAUAAAAACAUUAUUGCAACAACAAAAAUAAUGUGUUAAUACGAAGAAAAUGUCUUAUUAAUUUGAAAAUGUCUUGAUAUAGUAUGAGAGGGAGCUCAGUAAAACAAGAAACUUUUCAUGUUAUAAAGAAAGUUGAGUUUUUUUUCUGACUUUCUGGUUUUAAUCACUUUUAUUCCUGACGUUAUUUAUCUUGAGUCAGAGCCAGAGAGUGAGGUCAUUUCCUGUUAACCUCCUGAUGCGUUGAUUUAGUCGUCGCUGACUGUAGAGAAACUUCAGCUGGUGAUCAAAUACAAAGAACAAACAGCAAUAUAUUUAUUCCCUGAAUCUCAGGAAGCCUCUGAAGUCGAUGUAGAGAAACUCUGGAUUGUACGAGCGGCCACAGAUUUGUACAUUUGGCCUUCUGGUUUCGAGGCCUUCUUCUUCACCAUGGGGUCGAUCAGCCCUUUGUGUAUAAGAUGUACACCUGCAUGUCUUUUUACUUCCACAUGCUUCAGCCAUACGAGCCUGUGACUGCUUCUUAACUCGCCGACUCAGCCCGGACGUCGGUCUCACACUCUCACUGUGUUGUUUUUGUAUUCUGUCCACAUUUCUCUGGUUUCACACGUGGAUAAAGAUUUCAAACGAUGGAUGCAAUUCUUUGAAAAUUGAUGCACUAUUGUAUCCUGUGUUUUUUGAUAAAUAUGAUAUGCUUCUUUUUGAAUAUUAGAUUGUUUUUCAUAAGUAAGAGUACACUGGCCGCGCACUAUUUUCCUAUAAUAAUAAUAAUAAUAAUAAUAAGUACAUUUGUAUUGGGUGUCAGUGUAUGAGGAGGAGGGGGUGGAGGCUGCUGCAGCGUCAGCUCACCACCAGGGGGCAGCAGCAGCCUGAUGAACCUCCUGCACACACUGACCUGAAGAAGCCUGAAGCUGCACUGUUGACUUGUUUUCACUUCUAUUGCUUUGAUUUCUACAGCGUCUAAUUAUUUACAUCGAUGGUGAUAGUUUGGUCGUGUUUUGUGAA